AUGUCUCCAAAAUGCCCAAACAGACUGCUACCAAAGAUCCAAUGGAAGAAUCAGGAUAAAUAUGUUGACUAUGGGAAGAAGCUCAAUCUUAGUCAGAUUGGAGCAACUGUCCCAGCUACUGUCCCAGCUACUAUUCCAGCUAUAGUUCCUGGAGCUUCAGCAUCCACAAGUGGAGCAUCAAGUGUUGCGGGAAGCAUUAACACACCUUUGCAACUUGCUCAUACUACAGGUAAUCAAAUGAUGCAAGUUCCUUCUGGAAUGCAGCUCAUGCAGAUUCCAACUCAAGGUGGCAGCACUAUUACUGUCCCUUAUUCUAUGAAUGCUAACGGUGAGAUUGCGUUCAGUGGAAUGCAACUCAGCCGACAAGGCUUCAGUGGUGCUCAAGGAAAGCAUGAGAAUGGCAAGGAUGUCUAUCUUAUUCCAUGUCCUGCUGGUACGACAAAUGUUGGACUUCAAGCCAACCGGCACUAUGCUAGUGAAGAUGAAGACUUGCCUGAUCUUGCUACUGAAGCAGAUCGAGGUCUGCAGUUUAUUCAAAGCCGCAGAAAGGAAAGAGAUCCAUUUGGGUUGUACGAUCAUGUCAUCAUGGACAGUGAUUGUACAAACACCACCAUUUGUAAUGGUGAGCUUAUGCAUGGACUCCGUCAUGCUGAGAAAGAACUUGAUAUGCACACUAAUGUGGGCAGCAGAGUUCUUGACGAAGAAGGUUUUCUAGGAAGAUUUCCACCUCCAGUUUAUCACAAUGAAGAUGGAAUUGCCAAUGUACUUGCUAUGCGCAAGAUGAUUGCUGCGGGAUACCGCAUUAUUAUGGAUACUGAUGCUGACAAUGCUUUUAUUGUGCAUUGUGAUGGAAACCGAAAGAUGCGAUUUGUGAAUUGUAAGGGUGUGUAUGUGUUGGAGCAACUUGGAGCGAAUGUCGAACCAGGUGCCAAAGAGACAAGUGUGAUGUACCGUCGCCAGUCAAGCAACUUAAAUAAUCAACCCCAUUUUGAACUUUCUUCAAACAAACAGAAUGGAUAUACUGGACUAGAGAUGACCUCCAAGAUGGCAACCGUUCGAAAGAACAAGGAAGGAUUCGCUCCAAGACAAGUCAAGGCUGCGAUGCAAGCGAGAAGUGCAAUUUGGACUGAUUCCAAAAAUUCGAUGGAACCCCAAAGUAUCAAAGCAAUUUACAUUGAACCUACGAAGGGACAACGUACUGGGCACCAAGUGCUCAACCUCAAUACUAAGAAGAUGAUUUCCCAACCCAAGGUCGUUGUACUACCCGUUACCGAUCAAGUAAUCCAGCGUGUUGAAGCUUGGGCUGCUACCAAAGGUAUUACUUCCAUGAAGUUCUUUGAUAAGAAGAGAGAUUUGGAGACAUUUCAAGAUGGCGAUCAAAUUGCAGGAGUGGAUGACACGGAACAAGGUUACUUAGAAGAAGCCUUUGAUCAGGACUAUGAACCUGAAGAUGAAGAUGAAUGUGAUUUCAAUCUAUGUGGACAAUUUGAUGAUAUCAAUGACUCCAAAAGAGAAGAGCUCUUGGCCGAUGCAGACAAUGAUGUCGAUGAUAUGCCAGAACUCACUGUCAGAUUCCAAGGAGAUGAUGACUAUGAAUCAGACGACGAUUCGGGUGAUGAUCUAUGUGGACAAUUCGAUGAUAUUAAUGACUCCGAAAGAGAAGAGCUCUUGGAAGAUGCAGACAAUGAUGUCGAUGAUAUGCCAGAACUCACUGUCAGAUUCUGUGGAGAUGACGACUUUGAAUCAGACGACGAUUUGGGUGAUGAAGGCAAUGAAGAGGAAGAACCUAUUGUGGCCAAUUUCGAUCACCAUCAAGAAAAUGUCGAUAGAGGAACCGAUGAUAUUGGGAGCCUUGUUACUGAUCUGGAGGACCUACAAGAAACGCCAGAAGAAGAGAUUGUAUUUGAGCCUGAAGAGCCUCAAGUAGCAAAAGUCACUCGAUCUGGGCAAACGUAUGUGCAAGCUGCAAUGUCUGGGCUGAACCUUUCUCAAGUUCCAAAGAAACCAAGAGAAUGGCCUUCAAGCAGGAGUGGUAGUUCUGACAAUAAGAACAAGAAUCGAGCUGCAACAAGACCCAAGCAUCGAGAAAGAGAAUUGAAACCAUUGAAGAACAAGUUAAAAUCUGGUAUUCACACCAAAGAAGGAAGUCGCAGUACUAAAGACAGUAAAGCUAUCCUUGAAGCAAAGCACAAUCUAUGUUUCCAACAGAUUGGGAAUGAGAUGAAAGCUGAUUAUGGAGAGCACAACACUAUUCUGAUCGCUCGUUGCAUGAUGCAGAUCAAGGCCAAGUUUGAUACUGGCAAAGGUCUGUGUUGGAUAUAUUAG